GCUGAAGCGACCGGAUGUAGUUGCACCAUAAACGGGCGGCGUUGUGUCGUCUCCAUUUUGAUCAGAAGCUGCUUCAGAGGAUCUCAGAGCUUCAGAUCAGCGAGGCUUCAGUCUGCAGAGCACCAUGCUGUCAGCCGCCCAGCUGCUCGAUGAGCUAAUGGGCCGAGACAGAAACCUGGCUCCGGACGAGAAGCGAUCCAACGUGAGAUGGGACGACGAGACGAAGGUCUGCCGGUACUAUCUGUGUGGCUUCUGCCCAGCUGAGCUGUUCACCAACACCCGCUCAGACUUGGGCCCUUGUGAGAAAAUCCAUGAUGAAAACCUUAGAAUAACGUAUGAGAAGAGCUCUCGCUUCAUGAAGGAGGGCUAUGAGCGGGACUUCCUGCGCUAUUUGCAGUCGCUCCUGGCAGAGGUGGAACGGCGGAUCCGUAGAGGGCAUGCCCGGCUUGCACUUUCUCAGGCUCAGCAGAAUGCAGGGGGUCCUGGUCCAUCAGGAAAGAAUGAGGAGAAGGCCACAGUUCUAACAGAGAAGAUCGAAGACCUAGUGAUGCAGAUUGAGGAGCUGGGGUCGGAGGGCAGAGUGGAGGAGGCCCAGGGAAUGAUGAAGCUGGUGGAGCAGCUGAAGGAGGAGAGGGAGCUGCUCAGCUCCACCCCCUCGACCAUCGAGAGCUUUGCAGCCCAAGAGAAACAGAUGGAGGUGUGUGAGGUGUGCGGGGCUUUCCUCAUCGUGGGCGACGCUCAGUCCCGAGUGGACGACCACUUGAUGGGCAAGCAGCACAUGGGCUACGCCAAGAUCAAAUCCACUGUGGAGGAGCUCAAGGAGAAACUACGUCGUCGCUCUGAGGACCCUCAGGGUGAAAGCCCGGCGCUCAAGAAAGACAGAGAAGACCGCGAGCGUGAGAGGGAGGAACGGGAGAAAAAGCGCAAAGAGGAGGAAGAGAAGGAGAAGGAGAAAGAGAAGGAGCGCGAAAAGGAGAAGGAGCGAGAGAGGGAGCGCGAGAAGGAGAGAGACAGAGAGCGGGACAGAGACAGAGAUAGAGACAGGGAGAGGGACCGCAGGGCGCGCCGGAGCAACUCCAACAGCCGCCACUCCAGUCGAGCGUCGGACAGGAAGCGGAGCAGAUCCCGAGAUCGCCGGCGGUCCAGGAGCAGAGACAAGGACAGGGAGAGGGAACGCAAACGCAGCAGGAGCCGGGAUAGGGACAGGGAGAGGAGGCGCAGCAGCCGUGAGCGCUCCGACAGAAAGCGUCGCUCCCGCAGUCGUGACAGGAGGAGGUCACGCAGCUCGGAGCGCAAAUCUCACCGCCAUCGCAGCCGCAGCAAGGACAGGGACAGAGAGGAGAAGAGGGACAAGGACAGAGAGCGGUCAUCGAAAGACAAAGACCGUAAGGCGACGGAGGAGAGGAGCAGCUCUAAGAAAGACAAGCACUCUGACGGCGACGCAGCUGCCACCAAGGCUUCGUCAGAAGCGGAACCGAUGGAGACGGAGGCAGCCGCCCCUGCCUCCGCCUCCCCCCUGCUUAACGGCCAGCAAGAGCUCCUCCAAUCUGAAGGUGACACUCAGUCCAAUUAAAACUGAUCUGAUAGGACCUCAGAUCAGGCUCAGGGGAAGCCGGGAUAUCUGGUGGAGGAAGAAGUGGAAGAGCGCACCCAUCCUUUCCCUGAACCUGACACUUCGCUGCUUAAAAACAAGGUGAACCACAAAUGUGUAGUGGCUUAUUUAAAAAACCAACAAAAAAAAACAUGAACAUACAAAGUAAUGUAAACGAGGAGAGAGAGGGGAAGUAAUCCAUUGAUUUUCAUGUUCCAUCACCUGUCUAUCUUUUGGCUGGAUGAGGGUAGUUGUGGUUCAUCUGAUGUAUUUCUUGGUCUAGAUGUCAGGCAGGCAUCACUUUGAAAACCAAACUUAGAGAAGUUCAUUAUGGGUUUUUGUGUUCUUAUUUUGAAAACUCUUUACACAUCCUCCUUGUUUCUUGACAUUUAGUGAAAAUAAAAUAAAAAAAAACAGUGCUUGUGGUUUGUUUUGGUUUGUCAGGUUCCACUUCACUCCUUGACCUUUUUUUAAAACCGUCGGUUGAAAGCGUCUGUAAAAUGUUAGUCCCGUGAUAGGGCGUGUCUCUUAUCUCCUCCACUUAGAGCUCACAUUGAUUGCUCGUGUCCCCUUACUGUAAAAUAUACUGAUUUCAUUUUGAUCAAAAAACAUUUCAAAGACUGAAGAUUUGUUUAAUUUUGCUCUGCUUUUAAUGUCCAUGUUGUCUCGAUGAAUAAAAAGUCAAAAUUU